AUGAGCAAAUUUUCUGAAGCGUGGAAGUGCCUGGGUGACGAGGGUGUAGACGUCCUUCUAGACCUGUUACCAGCAAGAGAAGAUGCCAGACAUAUGGAGGGAAGGUAUACUAGUUCCUCUAUAUACGGCCAAAGAUGUACAGGAUUGUGGAAGCUACUGGGGAUGAAAUUAAUUGGGUACACCAUUUACCUAUUUGAGAAAGUGCUUGAUGCAAGGAUAAGAGAAGGUGCAGAUGUUAGUGAGCAAGAAUUCGAGUUUAUGCCAGGUAAAGGUACGACAGAUGCCAUCUUUAUAGCAAGGCAACCGAUGGAGAAGUAUGCAAAGAAACAGAAAGAUCUACACUUAGCGUUUAUAGACUAA